GUUCGCUUCAACUUUUCAAGAGUACGAUUCUUUUAGUCCAUGUCCGGCAUGUUGACAUCCGAGUUUAUACCAAAAGCUCAACUAGAAAAUCUCAAGCUCUAUAAAUAUGCUGCCGUCGACAAGUCGUUCACGUCGAAGUACAUUCUGUCGCAUUACUGGAGCUGGGCUAUAGAACUGUUUCCUCUAUGGAUGGCACCCAAUCUGAUUACUUUGACAGGUCUCAUGUUCAUGGUCAGCAACGUCAUUUUAGCAGCUAUUUUUGUGCCUGGCAUGGAUGAAGAAGGAGGCCCACGUUGGGUAUAUGUCAGCUUUGCCAUUGGCCUAUGGCUAUACUCUACUUUUGACAAUGUAGAUGGAAAGCAGGCCAGACGGACAGGUUCGUCAUCGCCAUUGGGUGAGCUGUUCGACCAUGGAUGUGAUGCUCUCAAUUGUUCAUUCGCCGCGGUUCUUCAAGCAACUACCUUGGGUUUGGGCCAUUCCCAUAUGAGCGUCUUGCUAUAUGGAGUUGCUGCUAUUGGAUUCUAUCUUUCUACUGCCGAGGAAUAUCACACGGGCGUGCUUUAUUUGGGUUACGUGAAUGCGCCCACCGAGGGCGUGAUCCUCAGCUGCGUUGUAAUGAUUGUCACCGGAUUAUACGGUCCAUCGAUUUGGCACAUACCUCUCGAACAAUCUAUUGUCAAACAAUGGGUACCUAGUUUUGUACCUAGUGGUAUGCGCGUCGCUGAUAUGAUCGUAUGGCAAAUUGUUAUUUUGUUUAUCUUCACACAUGUGCCUGUUUGCUACUAUGCUAUGUACAAAGCUUGCAAGGCCAAGAACAAGCCAUUUCUGAGCGCUGUUAUUGUUGAAAGUCUUCCAAUUGCCAUCUACUCCAUCAGUGGAUAUUUCUGGGUUAUGUCGCCGUAUUCGACUUUAUUGUCAGAAAAGCAUUUCAUUUUAUUUGCCAUCACAACUGGUAUUGUGUUUGGGCGAAUCGCUUCCAAGAUUAUCUUGGCUCACUUGGUUAAGGUCGGGUUCCCCAUGUUCACCGUUAUGCUGCUUCCAUUAAUAGGUGGUGCUAUCAUUGCUAACGCUCCGGUUCUGUUUGACACAGAGCCGAUUUUUACGCCUGAAUCAGAAUACCUGUAUCUUUGUGCCUACUUCGUUUUUGCUCUGGUUGCUUAUACGCAUUGGGCACUGGUUGUCAUCAGAAGCUUUUGCUCAUUUUUGGGUAUCAACUGCCUGACCAUUCCUUACGGCAAAAAUGCUGCAAACGGCAAACCGAAGGCAGCGUAAGGAGACAUCCUUAUAUACCAAAAACUUCCAUUGACAUCACGCAAUUCGUGUAUCAUGAUUUACCAGAUUGAUCUUAUAUACUGCUAAAUACACAAGCGCAUAUUGCAGCUGAUUAUAAAGCGAUAUUGGGAAAAAAUAAACCUUCAUAGAAUGAAAUAGUCA